AUGACAGGCGUCGUGGCGGUCGUGGACGCCGGCGGCACAUCGACGCGGGCUGCCAUCGCGGACGCUCGGGGGCGUAUUGUGGCGCGCUCGUGCGUCGGGGCCGGCAGCUUUUCUGUCCUGUCGCUCCGGGCAUGGACGCGGCGCAUGUGCGAGGCACUCGAGGCGUGUGCGAACGAGGCGCCUAUCACCCGUGCCUGGAUCGGCUCGGCGGGUAUCGAUGCAGAUGAGAGCGCGCGCAUCGCGACAGAGGCGCUGCGCUGUGCCAUGCCGCACGUCCACGAAUGGACUGUGACGAACGACGCGGCCUUGUUGUGCGCCAGUGUGCCACGCAACAGGCCCUGCGUCGUGUGCAUUGCCGGCACGGGCAGUGUCGUCCUGGCCUACGACGCGCAGCGCACGCGGACCAAGCGCGUCGGUGGCCUCGGCUGGCUCUUGGGUGACGAGGGCAGUGCGGUCGGUGUAGGACGCGCGGCUCUUCGACACGUGCUCAGCGAGCCAUCGCCCCUGUUGGAUGUGAUCCUCGCCGCUACGGGGGCAGCUUCCGCCGACGACCUGCUCAGCUACGUGUAUACGGACGACAGCCGCACACGCAUCGCGGCACUGGCUCAGGUCGUGACGCGCGCGGCGCACGAUGGCCAUGCGGUGGCGCAGCACAUCGUGGAGCUCGAGGCGCAGGCCAUGGCGGCGUGCAUUGACCGCGCCGCGCCGCCCAUCCCGGCCGCUUGCCGCUUGGGCGGCGCGCUCUUUGGCGACGCAGGGUACCUCGCACGCGUGCUGCACCACAUCCAGACACCGUUCAUCGACACACAGGUGGUACAUGAUAUCUGUGGAACGGCUGCACAAAGUAAAGCUACACGUCCAUGGUAG